GUAAAAACCAAGUCCUCAAGGUCGUAAAUCACGUGCGUACGGUUUUGACCGUUUUUCACGUGUUAGAUCGAUUGACCAAGAUACAAAGAUGGUUUUUACAAAAUAAUUAUUCGGGAACCUUUAAAAUAUGCUCAGAGAUAAAAACAGGGUUUAAAAUAUUGAAAACCAUGGAGUUGGUUCGGGCGCCAAAAAACUGAACGCCGAAAGCCGAACGCCGACUUAGGUUCCAGUUCUAGAAGAUUCACCCAGUUUUACACCAUCACAGAAACCCAAAAGCAUAACAACUCUCGCUAAGGCUACUGUGGUGAUGUUACCUAAAUCCCUUCCUAGCCAAGUCACAACCAGCAUAGUCGUACAGAAGGUGGAACCAACUAAGGGACCUGACUCAGAACCACCUAUGCUUAAUCAAGAAAAGGAGGAGGAAGUUUUGCCUAUAGCAAUAAACGACCACCUCCUUAGUUGUGUUGAAGACACACCUCCAGAGGAACCUGUUCUGGAGGAGAAAGAGCCCACUACAAGCCCCCAAGAUUCCGAUGUCCACGAGUCUAAGGAGGAACCUAUAGAUGAAGAAAAUCUAACUUCGUCUAUAGAAACCUAUGCAACCAAUGAUUCAUCUGAUGAUUCAGACCAUACUUUCUUUGACUCCCUACUUGACGGGUAUGACUAUGUCUGCCCGAAGGAUGGUUGGAACUUAAAACGUUGGGAUGAACUUCUGGUGAGUGACGGCGAGGACUCUUCCUUGGGGGAGGCCAAUGAUGUGGAUCAACUGAGGAGACUUCCUCCCCCACCCACUUAUACAAGGUCUCCUCCAUAUAUCCUGUUGCCACCCAGCCGCAGGGAUGAGUCGAGGAUCCUGGACCUUGACCGAGCAACAAAUCAAACAAGGUGGCACCAGAAGAGAGUCAGAAGGGCCAAACUUUAUGACUCUCUGAUCGAGAAGUCGCGGAAAAAGUGGAUGGAUGUGGCUUGGAUGAUCCCGCAUGGAAACCGCCGCACAUUACAGAAUCUGGAAGAGCUCCCCUUGCACUCAGAAAAAGCAAAGAAGAAGUUUCUCACUUGGGGAAAAACGAAGAUGCUCCAGCCUACCAUGGUGCUGGACCCUGCCUCUCUGGAUGAACUGGGGCACUGGCAGGACAUUGAUGAGUUGUUGUACGACCCAAAAUGGAGGAUCCUGCUAUUCCUGCAUGCACCAGCCAACCUGGAAGUCACCAUCGAGUUUCUUUGCUCUCUCCGCUUCCUCAAUGACGGAGAGGAAGUAAAGUCAGCAGCUGAAGUCACCUCCACCACCAAGGUCACGUUCACUCUGAUGGGACGACUGCUGAACCUUAUCGUGGCAGACUUAGGGUGGCUGAUUGGUCUUUACACGCUUGAUGAAACGCAGAGCCUGGCCUUCGCUAAUUUGUCCGACCAGUUGGAUCCAGAAUUCAAUGCUAAAAAGUUCUGGCAAGCUCAUGGGCAUGGUCGAUUUCACAGUGGAGCAAGCUUAGCUAGGAAUUGGGCACGACCGUCUUGGAGGAUUUUGCACCAUGCAUUGGCUCAUAGCUAUUUCGGACGCUCUCAAGAACCUGACGUGGUGUUUGAUUCCGAUAUGCUAUUUUUCUAGAGUCUGGAAGCACGCGUUCCAGUCAAUCUAGCAACUUUUGUGGCUCGAUUCCUAUUUGCUCAGUCAACUUGCAACCACCAGUUUGUCUUGUGUGGGCCAAUGGUUACGCUUCUGGCCUGAGGAUUAUGUAUGUCCGUUCCCGAUGUUCUUCCAGAAGCUGUAAGCAUGUUCCGACCACCGACACAGUAUUUGGCCAAAAUUGUUUAUAAUAAGGAAGACAAGGAGGGUUGUCCUAGAAGGCAGCAUACGAUUCCUAUGACCCUUCACGAGUUUUCGCAAGCUAUGUUUGCAUUUCAGGACUCUGUAGACUCUCGCUUAAGGAGCAUGGAGACGCUCCUUCUCACGCAGCAGUGGCAGGUGGAGGAAAUACUUGACUACGUCCGGGAACAGGGAACAAAGAAAGCCGAGCAUGGGGCAGGUCCUAAACAAAGCAAACGUUAGGGA